GACAGCGCGCCAUCGCGGUCCAGCCUGUCACACAUGGUUCUGCUCAGGCACAUAUCCAUCGCGCUGACCGCGGCGGUUGCCGCGUUUGGGUCAGCCCUGUUUAUCGUCUUGAGUCAUCUUAUAAAAAGGAAAGCAUGGACACCAGAGUCGAAAUAUUGCGCCAUUCACGAGGAGGAGGAGGAGAGGCGGGAGAAGCAGGUGCUGGUGCUGGGCCUGGACGGUGCGGGGAAGAGCAGCGUGCUCCAGGGGCUGUCGGCUGCGGCUAGCGGGGCUCUCCCUGGCCACCAGUGCAGACCCACCCGCGGAUUCAACUUCAUCCGCCUCAGUACGCCCCUCUGCCACCUGGACUUCCUGGAGAUCGGUGGUGGGGAGGACUUGCGUGUGUACUGGGCAGACUACCUGAAGAGGACACAUGUGCUGGUGUACGUGGUGGACUCUGCGGACAAGAGGAGGCUGCCGCAGGCGCGCACCGAGCUCCACAGGCUGCUGAGAGUCAACACACAGCUGCCCGUCAUAGUACUGGGUAACAAACAGGAUAAGCCAGGCGCAGUGAGCAUGCCAGACCUGUAUGAGGCGCUGUCUCUGGGGGGCUUCAGUGAGAGCAGGCAGCUGCUUCUCGUGCCCUCCCAGGCGGGCAUCAGUGGCCCCAGCACCCCCCGCCAGCUACAGGGCCUCCAGGACCAGCUGCUCAAGAUGCUCUAGUCUAAGCUGCCAAAGCACCAGCAGCAUUGGGGUGUGUUCCUUGAAACCAUAGUUGCUAACUACAUUAGCUACUUUGUUGUUUGCAGUGCAAUGCAUUGGCAACUACCCAAGUUGCUAACUGGCUAAAAACUUUGCUUUCGAAAA